CAAUGAUACUCAGCUCUCAGAGCUCAACAGCAAUGGCUUCGCCUUUGCCUUCGGCCCUCCCUCGUUUCUCACUCCUCUCCAAACCUUCACCACCUCAACACCACCGCCUUCUGCUAGCUCCGACCCGACCCGAACUUUCCCGGUUCAAAUGCUUGGCCGGGCAGACCGGGUUCUUCACCCGGCUCGGAAGGCUUAUCAAGGAGAAGGCCAAGAGCGACGUAGAGAAGCUCUUCUCCGGCUUCUCCAAGACUCGGGAUAAUCUCGCCGUCAUCGACGAGCUCUUGCUCUACUGGAAUCUCGCUGACACGGAUCGAGUCCUUGACGAACUCGAAGAGGCUCUGCUGGUAUCGGAUUUUGGUCCAAAAAUCACAAUUAAGAUUGUGGAAAGUUUGAGGGAGGACAUAGUAGCUGGGAAGCUGAAAUCUGGAAGCGAGAUAAAGGAAGCAUUGAAGAAGAGUGUGCUGGAUUUGUUAACUACAAAAGGGAGCAAAACUGAACUUCAACUUGGAUACAGGAAACCAGCUGUGGUUAUGAUUGUUGGAGUUAAUGGAGGUGGGAAGACAACAUCUCUUGGAAAGCUGGCUUACAGAUUGAAGAAGGAAGGGGCCAAGGUAUUGAUGGCAGCAGGGGAUACAUUUCGAGCAGCUGCCUGUGACCAGCUGGAGAUAUGGGCUGAGAGGACGGGGUGUGAGAUUGUUGUGGCUGAAAAAGAGAAGGCUAAAGCAUCAUCAGUUAUUUCUCAGGCUGUGAAGAGAGGGAAAGAACAAGGUUAUGAUAUUGUCUUAUGUGACACCUCUGGACGUCUGCACACUAAUUACAGCCUGAUGGAAGAGUUGAUUGCAUGUAAGAAAGCUGUGAGCAAAGUCAUUCCUGGCGCUCCUAAUGAGAUCCUACAAGUUCUGGAUGGGACGACAGGUUUAAACAUGCUUCCGCAAGCAAGAGAAUUCAAUGAGAUUGUUGGGAUAACUGGUUUGAUAUUGACAAAACUUGAUGGCUCUGCUAGAGGUGGCUGCGUGGUCAGUGUGGUAAAUGAACUUGGCAUCCCUGUAAAGUUUGUGGGUGUUGGUGAAGGUGUAGAAGACCUCCAACCCUUUGAUGCAGAGGCCUUUGUUAAUGCCAUAUUUUCGUAACCCUAAAGGAUGGUCCUUGGCCAGCCAUAUAAGCAACUAUUUAAUUUGAUUGGGGAAAAUGAGGUCAGGAUGAAACUUCACACGUCGAACCACACAUUUAAUCUUCAGAUGAUCAGGAUAUUACUGGCAUAUUGCUCAUAUGGCAAUUUUACUUUCCGGUAUCAUAUUGUUGCUGUUAGAUGAAACUCAACUAGAAUUGAUGCAAAGUUGUGAAGCCUUGAGCUGCAGGGCGGUUGCUGCUGUGUAGGAUUGAAGCGUGGUUCUAACCCUUCACACGGCACUCAUAGAGAGACAAUUUCAACUCCAAUUGAUUAAUUGAACGGAUUCUUCUUGUCCUUUUAAUUUUUUUUUUCAGGGAAAAACUUAUUGAAGUCUCCAACGCAUUUGAGUGUAAUAUCCCUGCAUCUUUGCUUCUUUCCAAUGGUUUGAUUGAGUGUAAGUUAUUUCGCUGGCAACAGGUUUAGGGUUUCUACUUGGGUAACUCAUUUCCUAUAUUAUAUCAUAAUUGAGUUACAGAAAAGUUCGUAAUCUCCAGAUUCAUACUUUGGCAACGGGCAUGUGGUAGAAGGUUAGCACAAGCAGUGUAAGCCAACUUCCCAGUUUUCGUGAGUUUGAAUUUGAACUCAAUUCCUAUCGCAGUGAGAUUUCUUCCACUCACUACAGAACCAUCAACUAUCACCCCUGCCUGCCUAUAAGCGAGUUUUGUUGCAAAGACGAGAAAAAUAAAAUAAAUAGAUAAAUAAUGUGGCUUAUGUAAUGUAAACUAUAUACAAUAAAUUUUGUAAACCAUGCAGUAACAGAAAUCAUUCAGAAUUUACAACCCAAACUUUUACGUGCCAACAACACCCAUCCUCUCAACUCUCUCUGCCCUCCAUCCUUUCUCGAUCUUAGUGCCUCAGUCUCGCUCAUAUCCUCUUCUCACUCUCAGAUGAUCAGAUCUCACCUGGCUUUCAUCAAAGGUAAGAAAUCUAUGAUUGAAUUGAUGGCUUGCUCUGCACUUGAAUUAAAAGUGUAUCAACAUUUCUCUCGUCUCAUA